AUGUCCCGUCCACGGAGAAAUUGUCAAAGUUCCUCUAGCAAGUUUGUGUAUGAAACAAUCACCCCCAGGACCACCAAAGGGAUCUUUUCAGCUCAUGUAGUGGGUGUGGAGGAUUCUGAGGAUGGGUCUACAGACAAUGCUGAGGAUUCUGUCUAUAGCUGUCACUCUUGGUCUGCCAGUGAAUCUGGGGAAGAGAAGGAGAAGACACAGAGUGAUGAUAAACUUGAUCCCUUUCAGAAGCAGAUGUUAAGGGAACACCAAGAAGCCCUGGCCAAAACAGAAGUUCAAGUCAACAAGAUCAAUGUGAUCAAAGAACGAGACAGGAGGAAACGGAUUAAAAGCAGCUGUGAUCAGCUCCGUGAUCUGCUGCCAAAAUUUGAAGGACGAAGGAAUGAUAUGGCUUCUGUCUUGGAAAUGACUGUGAAAUACCUGGAGCUUGUUCAAACCCUUAUCCCGCCUCAAGAACAAUUGAGAGUUUUAUCCAUACCUGAAGGACUAUAUGAAAAAUGGCAAAAGCCAACUCCAGAGAGAAGCAAGAAGACAAAAGGGAAAAGAAAAACAUGCAUCAAAAAGGACCCAAUGAAAACUUGCACAAUUCAAACUCCAAAAGGGAAAAAGCAAGCCUUAGCUGAAAGUUCAGGAAUCUCUCUGAAUUUUCCACAACUGAACAUCCCAACAGCUUCAGAGCCGCAACCAACACUUCCAGUCACUGAUUCUUCUGAACAACACGUGCCACAUCCAACCAACUGUUUAUCAACCAAAUGGUUUACUACUCUCCCUGGUGCAGAUCAAAAUCUUCUGAACACCAGUUCUAAAACAUUUGCUCCAGUCCCACCAAAUGGCUCCACAGUGGAAAGUCCGACUGAACGAGAUAAUCUGAGUUUUGACAUUCCAGAUCAAUGGAAAGGCAUGCAAGACUCUGGUAAUUCCAGAACCACCACUGCAAACAAAACCUUGGAGAUUCCAGCAUCAACUGCGGAUCCAGACACUUCAAUUCACACACAACAGGUUUCGCCUUCAAAAGCAAAACCAGAAUCACACAAAUCAUUCCAAGCCUUGGAUUUAAAUGGGCUAAUGACUGACGAGUCACUGGGAAACUGGCCAGAAGUGGCCUUACCAGCAACGACAAAUGAAAAUGAACUGUGUCCUGAAGAAGUAGCUAUGGUGGACUUGAUCUUCUUAAGUUUAUAA